UUGUUCUCCCAGAGCUCGGGACACAGGAAGGGCAGAAGAUGCCAACUUUUAGGCAUAAAUUUAAUAGCCGAGAGUCUUGAUUGAUAAUCCGUAGACUCUGAUUACCAUGUUCAACUCAAACAGGAAAGGUAAGCAACUACUUCCACCUGAAUCGCCUACACCAGUGCUGCCCAAAUGAAAGCUCUCUCUUGGGUAUUUUCAUGUAACUGAAGGUCUCUGUAGUGUAAGAAGAGGCAAAAAGAAAUGCAGCGUUCUGGUUGGCCGAUCCAUCUGCUGGGGUUUUCAGAGCGAGCAGAGGAGCGAGAGUCCCCUUUGUGUUUCUCCCAGACACAGUGAGCUCCCCAGCCUCCGCCAGCGACCCUGGGAUCCACAGCAGUGCUUCUGGCAGAGCUGCAGGAAGCGCAGGGGCAACCAAGUUCUCCUGCAGCUGGCGAGUGACGCUUUGCCCAGUGACAUGACCUUGGCCCUCGCUUACCUCCUCGCCUUACCACAGGUGUUAGAUGCGAACAGGUACUUUGAGAAGCAGGCACACUCAGCCCUGUCCCUCCAGCUGGCAGUGUACUACUACAGCCUCCAGAUCUAUGCCCACCUGGUGCCCGGCUUCAGUGACAAGUGCCACCCUCUGUACAGAGCUGACCCCAAAGAGGUGAUCGGGAUGGUCACCAGGCACGUGACUCACUGUGGACUCAAAGCCUGGCCGGAGGCCCUGGCCCCACUCACCGCGCAGCUGCACCACUACAAUGAGCAGCUUCUGGACUUAACACAGGCACAGCUCCUGCAGGGCCUGGGGAAGGGCGUGGACGUGCAGCGCUUCACCACUGAUGACCAGUACAAGAGGGAGACCAUCCUUGGGCUGGCAGAAACGCUAGAGGAGAACGUGUAUAGCCUUGUGCUCUUCCUGGCUCAGCGCUGCGGCAUCUCCUGCUGGGAAGUGUUCAUGACCCACCUGGAGUUUCUGUUCACCGAUAGCGGGCGAAGAAUGCUGUCUCACACUGUUGACCAGAUGCGGAGGAAGACACUUAGAGCACCUGCCUGUCUCGGAUAUGGUUCCAGCCCAUGGCCACCACACUCAGACCCAUCAGUGAACCAGCCCUCGAUAUUCCAGAUCUGCAGCCUCCAGCUUGCACCAAUGAGCUUAGGGGAGCAGAGACAUGUUGUCCUCACCAAGCUGCUCUCAAGCCCUAGCGUUGGGCAGAAGAUAAAUACUGUCUUAAACUACUAAAUUGGGGGUAAUUUACUACAAUCCAGCAUAAGUUUCAUGUACAAGGAGGGGAAAAAAAGAAGUUUUUAAAAACAGACAAGAAGAGGGCUGGGGAUUUAGCUCAGCGGCAUAAGUGCCUGCCUUGCAAGCAGGCAGUCAUGAGUUCAAUUCCCGGUACCGAUAAAAAGGAAAAGAAAAAGAAAAAAAAAAAAAAAAAACAGACAAGAAGAAAAAAAAUUAAUCAGAAAUUAGCCCCCUAGUAGGUUCUCACAAAUAAUGAGGCUCAUUUAUCAAUAACAGUGCUAAUAUGAUCAGCUUGAAUAGAAGAUAAAUGUUGAGAUGACUGAGGAAGAAGGCUUUCUAAAGUUCCUUUCAGUUGUAGGUUAUUACUAGGAGGAAAACUGGUUUCUUUGGACUUUCUGAUCAGUUAGGAGACAUGAAAGAAUGGAAAGCACAUGAAAAAUAAUAGUUGAAAAGCAACAAAAUUAUUUGGUUUAAUACUCAAAAUCAGAUAUAAAGAUUUCAACUACUGGGUUCUAAAACAGGUACUUCUGUAUGCUUAGUAAUUUGGUAUUAAAACUUUAUUUUCCUUUCUUUAAUGAGGAAAAAGGAACACUGUGGAGCAAUUUUUAAUCUCAGAAGUACAACAAAUGUAGUGUCCUUAGAAAGGGAAGAAAAGAAAUACAGCUUUUCUUUAACCUGUUCAAGUGUGUUCACAUGCAGAAGACCAUAUAACAACAUUUCCCCAUGGGAUACAAAUAGGCUUUGGAAUUUUAAAUUCAUAUCACUACUUUGACUACUAUCUGUCUUUGUCAAACUGCCUGAACACUGCUUGAUUUUUAUGAACUAUACUCUUGAAAAAUUAUUCUUGGGCUGAACUGUUUAAUCCAUGAGCCCUGUAAUGACUGGUAAUGGUUGCAGUGGCUGAUACACUGUUUUAACUUGAGAAAUUUAGACAUUUAAGGAAGUGACUCAACAGAAGCUCCAUGUCCUCACUGUGUAAACAUGCUCAUCCUGUACAAGAGGGCACGGAGAUGGUGUGAAUGCUAUACCCACUCUCGGGAGUGGUAGUCUGAUUACAAUACAAGGGAGGGAAAGAGGCUUACUCUUUAUUCUUUGGCUCAAUGAAGCUCUUGCUGUCUCCUGUCAAGUGGAACUCUUGCCCCUUUGCCAUGUCACUCUGUCCUUGAGCCAGAUGAUUAUGGACUGAACCCUCCACAAACUCUGAGAUAAAUGAAUCUUUCCUCCCUGAAUUAUUAGGGUUGAGUAUUUUGUCUCAGAAAUAAGAGAAAAGUAAACAACAUGUUUAUUGAAGGAUAAAGCAAGGUUAGGCAUCUCUGCUUAUGGGAAAGGAGAUAUGUGUAUGCAUGAAACUGUGGUUUCUGGCAUGUAGAAUCUGUGCCCCCAAAAAAUCAGCCCCAGUGUGGUACACAUGAACCAAUAGCAGGGCAAAUGAGGAUGGGACUGUGAACUGUAAGGUGACAGUUGGCUCAAUUUCUAAAGAAAAAGGCUAUCCCCUUCUAGCUUCAUUUCCCCCCUCCUAGUUGUUAACAAUCUAGAGAUAACUGUGAAUGACAAAGAGUUAAUGAAACAUGCAGUGAAUAGCAUUCUGAGUUAGCAGAUGCUCUGCCAAGAUGGAGGAAUGGGAGAUACGAAGGAUGCCCUGGAUGGAAGAUGAAAAGUUUGCAUGGAGAAAAGGACAGCAAUGGGCUCUGCUUUGUCAGCCUGACUUCCCUUCAUGUCAUGGAGUCAGCAAGACAUGAACUGGCCAGUGUCCUACAGAAAGAAAAAUAUCUCCAUAGGAGUAAAGACAAAGUAGUCCUACCACAAGAACUGACACUUACAGGGUCCAACAGGACUAGAAAGUGAAGUGGUAAGCCACGGAGUGACAGAAAAUAUCUGACAAUCGUGUAUCUGAUAAAGGAUUUAUAUUUUGGAUAUAUAAAGGACUCAAAAAGCAGAAAAGAUAACCCAAAGCUGAGCAUGGUGGCAUACACCUGGAAUCCCUCCAAAGGCUGAGGCCAGAUGUUUUUCAGGACUUCAAGGAAAGCCUGAGCUACACAGUAAGACCCUGUCUCAAAAAAAAGGAAAAGGGAAAAGGUAACUCAAACUGAAAAUGCAGAAAUAACUGAAGUAUACAUUUGUCCAAUGAAGAUACACAAAUGUCAAUCGGCUUGUGAAAACACAUAUGCCCAACACCACGCCCUUACUCACCAAUAGGGAAGUUGCAUUAUAAAAGUAAAAUGCAAAUGCAAGGGAAAGUCACAAUCAGAUUUCACUUCAUUUGCAUGGAAUCUUUCAACCAAAAAGAAUAAAAACUCUUGGCAAGGAUACAGAGAUGCUGUAACUCUCAUACAAUGCUGGAAGAAGGUGAAAUGGUGCAAUAAGUUUGGAAAAUGGACCGGCACUGCUAGUUUCUCCAAAGGUUAAGCACAGAGAGUUACCACAUGACUCCACACAGAAGCCAAGAGAAAUGAAAGCAGGCACACACAAAAUGCUGUACAUGUAUUUGCACAGCAGUAUGAAUAACUGUUGAAAUGGAAACUACUGCAAGUCCAUCAACUGCUUGAUGAAUUAAAAAUACACACAAGAGGACAUUACUUAGAAGAGAAAAUAAAGUACAGAUACCUACAAAAUGAAUGAAUCUUGAGAACCUGCUAAGUGAAAGAAGGCAGUCCCAAAAGAAGCCAGGACACAUAUUGAGUAUUUUGAUACAAAAUGUCCAGAAGAACACAAUCUACAAAGUAUAUCACUGGUUCUUUAACAGUGAGCCAGGAAAGAGGUAGGCAAUGGUUGAAAGGUCUGAAUUUUCUUUUUAGAAUGAAAGAAUUUCCUGAAAUUGGGGUGAUGACUCUGAAUAUACUGAAUGCAACCAAAUUGCACAUUUUAAAUGACUGAAUUUCAACCUACGUAAACUAUUUUAAUAAAGAUGCAACCAACAUCCCAAAA